AUGAGUGAAAUAUACGUCAACCCAACGACGGGUGUGGAUACGGAUUCUUCUAAGGGAACGAAAGAGGCUCCAUAUAAGAGUCCAGGUUUUGCUCUCUUCAAAGACCCUGAUGCCAAGGUUUACACUUUUAAAGAAGUUGAAGGUAAGGCUGAUUAUUACGAGAUUUCUGCUUCUGCAUUGAAAAAGGCCAAGAAAAUCUGUGAGUCAUUAAAGAGGAAGGCUGGGAAGAAGAAGAAACUAGAGGCUUCGAAGGCAGAGCGUGAAGCUGAUGAGAGUGCCAAGUUGAUGGCUGCAAUGAAAAUCACCAUCACCAAGGAUGAGUCUCUUCCAGCUCCCAAGAAGAUUAAGAUUAGAAAUAUUGCUCAGCAUAUCGGAGAACGUGUUGAAAUUCACGGAUGGAUUCAUCGUUUGAGAUUACAGAAGGGCCAUGCUUUCAUAAUUUUAAGAGAUGGUACUGGCUUUUUGCAAUGUGUUCUCACUGGUGAAUUUGCAAAUGCUUAUCAGACGUUAACUUUGACUGUGGAGUCCUCUCUUACUGUGUUUGGUACUAUCAGCAAAUUGCCAGAGGGUAAAUCUGCUCCAGGUGGUGUUGAGUUGAUUGUUGAUUAUUACGAAGUGAUUGGCUUGGCUCCUUCUGGAAAAGACUCCUUUACCAACAAGAUUCAGGAGGAUAUCGAUCCUAACCUUUUGUUAGAUAGAAGACAUUUGGCUCUUAGAGGUGAGACCUUGUCCGCCGUUAUGAAGGUGCGUGCGGCUGUUUUAGGCUCCGUUAGAAGAUUUUACCAAGAUGAAGCUAUCACUGAAGUGACUCCUCCAUGUAUGGUGCAAACUCAGGUUGAAGGUGGCUCGACUUUGUUUAAGAUGAGCUACUAUGGCGAAGAGGCCUUCCUGACUCAAUCUUCUCAAUUGUAUUUAGAGACUUGUCUUCCAGCCCUUGGUGACGUCUACUGUAUUCAGGAAUCGUUCAGAGCCGAGAAAUCUCAUACCAGAAGACACUUGUCUGAAUACACACAUAUCGAGGCUGAAAUGGCCUUCAUUAGUUUUGAGGACUUGCUUGAUCACAUUGAGAAAUUAAUUGUUAAGGUUGUAGAUGUUGUGAUGAAGGAUCCAGUUGCCGGUGCUCUCGUUAAACAGUUGAACCCUGGCUUUGUUGCUCCUAAACUUCCUUUCAAGAGACUUCAAUAUGUUGAAGCUUUGGACUGGUUGAACGAGAACGGCGUUCAAAACGAGGAGGGUAAUCCUUUCAAGUUCGGCGAUGAUAUUGCCGAGGCUGCAGAGAGAAAGAUGACUGAUACUAUUGGUGUUCCAAUAUUAUUAACCAGAUUCCCUGUCGAGAUCAAGUCCUUCUACAUGAAGAAGUGUGCUGAUGAUCCUCGGGUUACAGAGUCCGUUGAUCUUUUAAUGCCUACUGUUGGUGAAAUCACCGGAGGUUCCAUGAGAAUUUCCGAUAAGGACGAGCUUCUUGAGGGCUUCAAGAGAGAGGGUAUUGAUCCUGCUGGAUACUACUGGUUUAUUGAUCAGAGAAUCUACGGUACAUGCGCUCAUGGAGGUUAUGGUUUAGGUACCGAAAGAAUCUUGGCUUGGUUGUGUAACAGAUUCACCGUCAAAGAUUGCUCAUUGUAUCCACGUUUUGCUGGUAGAUGCACUCCUUAA